UUUACUCUAUAGCGGGUCCUAUCCUUUUCCUAGCCAUGAUUAGCGUUGUUAAUGAUCGAAUAAGAAUUUCCAAGUGUAGCGAUAUUUUGGUGGAUUAUGUUGAAGAUGAACUCAACACGAUUUUAAAUAUAAGUACCAAUAUUAAUUAUGAAUAUAUCGGCUUGAAAUUUAGUUUUCCUCGACAAGUAAACCUAUUGACGCGUAUUGCGAAUGCGUUAUACGUUUGACAAACAAAUAGUAGAAGUAUGAAUAAUAAUUCUUUUUCCAAGUGAUCUUCGCUCAUUGCAAAAAUAUCUCAGUACCGGCGGCACUGGUUUUAUUGGAGUUUGCUUAAUAGAAAAACUGCUGAGAUGCUGUCUUGACAUUAAAAAUAUCUUUCGGGAAAUAUCCUGAACUUGUCAACCGUGGCAUCAUUCUUUUUGCGUUAGAAUUGAUGUUGACUUGCAGAAACUACGUAAUGUUACAAAGGUGAACACGAAUAAUAAUGUAACUACCUAAGCAUAGAGAGAAGCAUCAUAGAGUUCGCCUAAGCACAGAGAGAAGCAUCAUAGUGUUCGCCUAAGCACAGAGAGAAGCAACAUAGAGCCCGCAGUUGCAUGACAACUGACUUCCGCGCCGCUUGCGUUCGCACUUAUCGUUACAAUUACUUCUCUUAAUUCAGGACGUUCAUUUUCACUAGGCGUUAACCUCUUAAUAUCAUUUUUUGUGAAUGAUAAAAAAACCAGAAACAAUGGCAUCGCGUGUAACGGAUUUCUACAGUGCAAAAAGCAUAUUUAUUACCGGCGGCACCGGUUUUGUUGGAGUUUGCUUAAUAGAAAAACUGCUGAGAUGCUGUCCCGGCAUUAAAAAUAUUUAUCUGCUAAUGCGUCCGAAAAAGGGGAAAAAUAUCGCAGAAAGAUUGAUAGAGUUGACGCAAAAUUCGAUUUUUAAUAUGUUACGAGAGAAGGAGCAAGCUGACUUGUUCAGGAAACUAAUCGCAGUCACCGGGGAUGUUGGCGAAGAAAAUCUAGGAUUAUCUCCGGAAGAUCGUGAAACUUUAAUUAAUACAGUGCAAGUUGUCUUUCAUGCAGCCGCCACGCUUGAUUUUGAAGCUGAUUUGAAAACCACGACGAAUAUCAAUUUAUUGGGAACUCGAAGAAUUAUUCAACUGUGUCGAGAAAUUAAUGAUCUUAAAGUAUUGGUUCAUGUUUCUAGUGCAUAUGUCAAUAUUGAGCAGCAAAAUGUUAAUGAAAUAUUGUAUCCUGCGCCAGCUGAUGCGAAUGAAAUUAUAAAAUUAGUCAAUGAAUUAGAUGUUGCUGCCUUGGAAGCACGAACACCGGAGAUACUGAAAAACCAUGCGAAUUUUUAUACGUUCACCAAGCAUUUAGCCGAACAUGAAGUAGCAAAUGGAGGAUUACCAGCGGUUAUCGUGCGACCUUCAAUGAUAUCAGGAAUAUGGAAAGAACCUAUUCCGGGAUGGACAAUAUCGAAAAAUGGGCUGCAAGGCUUCUUAAUGGGUAUCAGCAAAGGUGUAAUAAGGAGAUUACCAAUUGUAGAACAUUUUACUUACGAUUGCAUUCCAGUAGAUGUAGUAAUAAACAGCCUUAUCGUCGCCGCGUAUGCCGUCGAUCGUGAUAGCGAUAAAGGAUUAAAGAUAUACCAUUGCACAUCAAGCACGUGCAAUCCACUCCGGUGGAUUGAGGUGCGGAAAGAAGUUAAUGUUUUGUUGCAUAAAUAUCCGUUAAAAAGUGCCGUGUGGUAUCCGGGUUUCAAGUUUUCAUCGUCGUUGUUAUCAUUCAGAAUUUCGGCCAUUUUUCUUCAUUUUAUACCGGCGUACAUCUUGGACACAAUCAUAAAAUUAUACGGAGAUCGUCCAAUUUUAGUUCGCCUGCACACGAACGUUAACAGAUCAGUACGGCUUCUUGAAAGAUUUAUUUCCAAUGAAUGGAAAUUUGAUAAUCUACGUAUGUUGCAACUGCACGAAUCGUUGUUUCCGGAUGACAAGAAAUUUUUCACUUUGGACAUCAGGUCGUUGAUUUGGAUAGAUUAUUUCUACGAUUUAAUACAAGGUAUUCGAAUAUAUCUGAGUAAGGAGUCUCCCGAAUCUUUACCGAAGGCACGUUCCAAAGAUAAAAUAUUGAUGGUUGCUCACCUAGGCUUACAAGCUACUCUGCUUGGUUUGAUUUGGUGGCUGGUUAAGGUCUCUUUUACCACAACAUGGACAAAAACUGCUUUCAUUGUACCGAUAAUUUAUCUGCUUUUCGAUCAAAUACAAAUAUUUCGCUCGGUAUAUUUUUUCAGUCCUCCCCCGAGAAUGGCUCCGGAAUUAUCGAUAGCCGAUUGGUUCUCCAAGAGAAACGUUCUCAUCACCGGAGGCACCGGAUUUAUGGGGAAGGUUCUAAUCUCGAAAUUGCUACUGAGCUGUCCCGACGUAGGCAAUGUUUAUUUGAUAAUAAGGAAGAAGAAAGGCGUCGAUUCGCAAACAAGGUUGCAUCUCAUGCUGCAGCAAGAGCCGUUCAGGAGACUGCGGGAAGAAUAUCCGGAGCGGCUGAAGAAACUGACGGCGGUGGCCGGCGACACCGCCGCGCAGGAAAUCUCUCUGUCCGACGCGGACAAGGAACUCCUCACGGCUCAGGUCUCCGUCGUCUUUCACAUGGCCGCCGACGUCAAGUUUGAUCUGCCAUUGAAAACCGCCAUCAGGACGAACCUCGUGGGCACCAUGAAUAUUGUAGCGUUCGCGAAACAGAUGCCCCUUCUCGAAUCAUUCAUCCAUGUUUCGACAUCCUUCUGCCAAUGCGGCGAACCGGUGCUGGAGGAACGCGCUUACCAAACCACCGUCGCGCCUGAAAGCAUCAUUCAGACGGUCAACACGAUGACGAAUGAAAUACUGGAGAUAAUGACACCGGAAUUGCUGGGCGAUCAGCCGAACACGUACGCCUUCAGCAAGGCGCUCUGCGAGGACGUGGUGUCGAGAUGUGGAUUACCGGCAGGGGUCAUUCGGCCGUCGAUAGUGGUGGCGUCAUGGAAGGAACCGGCGCCCGGCUGGGUGGAUAAUCUGCAAGGACCGACCGGGCUGAUGAUCGGCGCCGGAAAAGGAGUCAUACGAUCAAUGCUCUGCAAUUCGAACUAUAUGAUCAAUAUGAUCCCCUGCGACAUGGCCGUCAACGCGACGAUCGCGCUGGGCUGGCAGGUCGGCAUGAAGAAGCCCGUCGAGCCGUUGUUCCUGAACGUCACCGUGAACGAGGAGAACCUCAUUUCUUGGAACCACGCUUUGGAAACCGGCAAGAAGCACAUGCUCGCCAAUCCGUUUUCGCAGCCGCUCUGGUACCCUGGCGGAGGACUCACCUCCUCGAGGAUCCGCCAUUGGCUUGUCGUCGUGCUAUUGCAUCUCAUACCCGCCUACCUGCUGGACAUUGGACUGAUCAUCACCGGCAACAAACCUUUCCUCGUGCGGGUGCAGGCCAGGAUAAAGUCCGGUCUGAGGGUGCUCCAGUAUUACACCACGAAACAAUGGACGUUCCGUAACGACAAUCUGCGUGACCUGCAACACCGACUAUGCCCCGCGGAUAAAGAGACGUUUUACAUGGACACGAACGUUAUCCGUUGGGACGAGUAUAUCCUGGCGUACAUCUUAGGUACAAGGCGAUACUGCCUAAAGGACGAUCCCUCGACGCUACCACGUGCGAGACGAGUCCUCAUGUACCUAUAUUUCGCCGAUUGGCUGCUUAAAGUGCUAUUCGGAUGUCUCGUUGUUUGGAUAAUGUACACCUGGAUGAUAUCCGCUAAGUCCACCAUAGCGAUGCUAAUCGAAUAAAUGAGAGAGAGAGAGAGAGAGAGAGAGAAUGAAACUUUGUAUUAUCUUACCACUUAUCAGGUCCAAAAGCAAAGAGGAAUAGAGAGUUGGGAAGGGGGAAACGGAGGAGGGUAGGAAUUGUCGAGUCCGAAAACGUGUUUCUGCCGAAUCUUUCUGACUUUCCCAGACUCACUCUCUCGAUGACCCUGUGCUAUAUUCCGCGCGUAUUUAAACAGCGGGAUGAGGACGGUCAUACACAUAUACACACACACGCACAUACACACUGACGUAAUUUGCCAAUGAAGAAAUGUGCCAAUAUAUCAGUACUAUCGUUACAUGUGCACAUCUUACAGAAAUUUAACACCGAAAAUUAUUAAGAAAUUUGCAGUGAUCAAAUACCGCCGGUGUACUUCAGUAAUUAUUUAUUAUUGACCAGUGCUUAAUCAUUGCAGUUAAAUAUCGCAGGAAUGAGGAAUCAUAAUAAUCAGAAUGUUAUUUGCAGCAAAAUUAUGUUGAUGCAAAGAUGCGAGAACAAACUAAUAUUAGAGGGAUCAUUUUAUUUAAAUAAAGAAAGUGCCAUUUUAAUUUUUACAUCUCUCGUCCUUGUUAUCGAAAGUUUUAAUUUUACUAAAAAUGUUUAUGUUAUCUCCAGAAUAUAUUUAUAAUAUUCGAUGAAAGAAAUGGAACGCCGCAUACAAGUUUAUAAUAUAUCCUGAGAUCUACUGCUGCUAGAGAUGCUAAUUACUGAUAUGAAACAUUAUUGAAUCAAUCUGAAAUAUGAGUAAGUUUAUAAUCUAAGUGCUAAAAAUUAUUAGCUAGUUAAAAAAAUGUUGCGCAACAAUAAUUCACUAACAAUAAGAAUAAUUCAUUACUGAUCAACCACUAAUAUUUUUCUAUAAGGGUCGUUAAUCACUUUGUAAUUUUAAACACUAAAAUAUUUAUAACCACUAUGAGCUCUGUAAUGAAAUCACUAAAAAUUACUGACAACGGUACUUUUAAUAUUUUA